UGCCCGCUUACCCCUCCCAUCCCCAACUGGUGCCACCACUCAUGGACGCAUGCACCACUGAACAUCUCAACAGGCGCGCGCAAGGUCAUCGGUACGGUAACGUCACAACGCCAGGCUGAUAGGUUUCCUCAGCCGUUGAAAAGCACCGCUGAUCCAAACGUGUAGUGGGUAAGAGAACGUUUUUAUCUCUUGGUAGUUCAAGACCGCCUUGGUUCAACAAGAAAGAAACGUUUUAUUCAUCAACUGUUUUGCGCUUGGAACCAUAUUCAUUCGAUUUUCUUUUGUGAUCAUCACCAUUACCACCAAUGCCACCACCUACUACUCGCCCUAUCAUCAUACACUGUACAGUAAAUUAGGCCAACAUUGGUAGAAACAAAGUACAUACACCUUUCGACUGAGGGUGUCCAAAGGUCAACUGCACCGCAUCUCAUUACUCAACUCAGGCGUGUGCAUAGUCAAGAUGGGUGCUUAUUAGUAUUUGCAGCAAGGCAUGAAACAAUCUAGUUAUCCGUACCAUCACACCACCAUAGCCCAUGACAAUUAUAUCAACUUGUAUCUGCCGUGUUAUAUAGCAAUUAAAGCAAGAAAAUUACAUAGUACAUUACUGUACUUGAGCGCUUCACUACAAACCUACUUCUCCUCAACAUUAUACUGCUGACAGGAAUCUCAAACAUCCAGUCCGGGCCACGAAGCGAGACCUCAAGGGAGGAGUUGAAAGCAUAUUUACCUGGAUUUGGGACCAACUACUUUUACGUGGAUUUACUAAGCUACCUACUGAAGUGCAAGACUAUCUGCAAAAUCAUGCAUUAUAGAUGUUUCUCGUUGAAGAGUUAAAGGCGUAUUAUCAGGAUGCAGAGCAGAUGGUUGUACGUGUUGCUAUUGGGUUUGUUAACUCUAGCGUGGGCUUCAGCUGCUCCUAGCCAAGACAUCUUACUCUUCUCUUAUGAUGAUAGUACACCUUUUCCAAACUCACUGAAAUGUUUCACUUGUACUAACAAAAGCAGCAACCAUGAAUGUAACCGCAAAGCAUAUGACAUGUUCUGUCCCAGAGGAACCAAAUUUUGCCACACAUCACACCAUGUCAAUGAAUGGACAGGACAAGUGGUUAUUAACAAGAAGUGCGCUAUUCAAGGAGAAUGUACCCCGAAUAGUGUAGGUUGUGGUGAUACUGAUGUCCCAGGUGUCAAGCGAUGUGUAUCGUGUUGUGAUUGGAACAUAUGCAACUCAGAAGCGCCCUCAAAUAGUAGUACUGCAAUAUAUGUAACGACCAAACCCAAGAAUGGCGUUUCCUCAAUCAGGACUUCCAAUAUAUUGUACAUUUUAUAUAUGAUUUCAAUUAUUAUGUGCAGGAUUCUUGUCAGAACAUAGCUGAUUUUAUGUGAAUGUGUGACACACAGGCAGCAAUAAAACAAAUGCUCAUGUGGAACAAAAUCAUAUGCUCAUAUGUGGAACAAAAUCUGGACAAAUAGGCAAAUUGAUUUGUGCCUGGAAUUUCUGAAAUCUGAGGAAUGAUAUUCUACAAAUGUGCGUCUGGUUGCACGAAAUAUAGGCAGCAGAAUUUCCGAACAGGAAUACAGAGGAAAACGGUGUUGAAACACUUGAUCAAGACAAAUUUUUUAUUGCUGCUUUUUCAUAUAGUACUUGAACCAUCGGUUUUCCUAUUAAUUAUACAGAAAUGCAUCAAUUCUGACUGCUUUUAUAGGCUCAGUUACUGUACAUCAAAGUACUCUGGUACAUACUCAGUAAGCUAAGGGCUUAGACAAUAUUCCAAGAGAAACAGAAAAUGAUGGUGCAGCUCACACAUAGCUUGCAAAUGUAGAAGUAUGUUAUAGGACAGGUAUCAUGGAUGGACUUGAAAGAUAACCAUGUUUCAAAGGUGAUGGCCAUGGCAUAAAUAACUAUAAAGAAUAGGAUCUUUAUAGAACACAGAGUAGUACCAUCUGCAAAAACAAACAUUUUGGACUGGCAUUACUUGGCAUUAAUCCAUGGCUACCAAUGCGUGUCACAGAUCAAACCUGAAUGUAAACUUAAUUUAAAAGCGUGUUUCAUACAAGAGGCUUGCCAUCCCAAAACCAGCAUACUGUCACCAAAUGACAAUUAGCAUUAAAGAAUGUGGCAGUAUUGUAUACUUUAGUACAGAGAAGCUGUAAUACUUGUACUCAUAACUUUGGUAAUAAUAAGUCAAUUCCAGUAAAUGACCCAUCAUUUUAAACCUUAUAAUGUGGAGAAUAUGAAAAUAAAAAGUCAAUUUUCUUGCUUUGGUCACUGUUGUUGGUUUUUGCAUGGCAGGUUCCAUAAUAUAAAGAAUUGCGAAACUUGUAUAUAUGUUGAAUAAAAAGAGUUAUUUUUCUGACCAAACAUUUCCAUUUCUAUAAAUAUUCUCAGGUAUGUUAAUCUGAUGAAAGUAGGUUCAUAAAUUUACAUAUUCAUAUACAUAUUCAUAUAAAUUUACAUAUUCAUAUUUAUAGAUUCAUACAUUUACAUACCGUAGUUUAAUGGAAAUGUUUAUAUGCUAAAUCUAUUUUAUUGUUAAGUUGCUUUUGACCAAAAUUUGUGAUCUAUCAUAAGCUUUAAAUGAUUUUGACAAUUAUGCAAGAUGAUUCCAAUAAUUCUUCUCUCAACUAAUGACAAUUAUUAAAUGAUUUAGGAUGUUAACAAAUUAGGAAGUAACACUAACAAAGGAUGAUUUCUGAACCAUGAUUUUUGACAAUAAACAGCAGACAAAUUAUGCAAUGAAAUUGAUAAUGAAUUGGAAUAUUAGGUUACUUGCUAAUUAUUUAUUGAUAGUUGGUGAAGCUUAUUAAUAUAUUUUAUAUCUAAUUGUUGUUAAGUGUAGUUACUCAGUAAACAAUAUGUCGAAAAUGUGCAAUAGUAAGUUUUUUUUUUGUUAAACUUUUACAAAGUUAAUAAAAUAAAUAUACUUGUAUAUUUUUACAACCUUUUAUUUGCAGACACUAACAAUGUCUGCUAGAAUGUAUAAGAUUUGAUGCAUGUAAUUAUAAAUUGGUUAAUAAUUAACUAUCAAGUCUUCUGACAUGCGUGGCUUUUUUCAUUGAUAAGACUCACAGGCCAAAAUGUUUAUUGCCGGCACUUAUUGUUUAAAAGUUUGUUGAAUAAGUUCAUCAGAAUUACAUUAUUUUAGCACUGGGGGAGACUUUUGUAGCUACUUUAUAAAUGGUAUUGCAUUAUUAUUGUCGCAUGUAAACUGAUAGUUGAAUUAGUUAAUUGUUAUUGUAAUUUUUAUUGCUUUUUUUAGGACAUUUUUAGCAAAAAUAAAAUUUGUAAUUUAAAUUCAUUGUAAGCAUCUGACAUCAAGUGCUUCAUAAAUUCUACUUAUUAUAUUAUUAUUAUUAUUAUUAUUAUUAUUUAAUGUUAUUGUUAUUAUUAUUUUGAUUACUGUCAAUAAUACUACUGGUAUUACCAUAUCAAAUAAUGUGAACACACAACACAGUGUUUAAUGUUUGAACAAGUGUGUCAAAGAGGAAUAAAUAAUGAUGUUUCCUCCUGGUUUUUAAUGUGAAAUCAUACUUAAUUUAUUAGAUUCAAGCUUAAGAUCUGAGGACUGAUCUGUAUUUUUACAAUAACCAACUAACAAAUUAUGUACAGUAUUAGAACCAAUAUCUGUUUUUCUCCAUCGUUACACCAAACCACUUUGAUACUUGUUGUAAAAUGGUCAUUGCUACGUUGGUAACAUGUGGGUGCUUACUAAUAAGCAGCCAUGUUUGUUUAAUUUUUAAUAAAGCUUGUAUAUAUUUUUUCUCUGAAA